UUGUUUUGUUUUUCUGGCCAAACUAACAUGAAGUUCUUAAUUGUUUUCGCUUUGGCUUUGGCCACCGCUUCCGCUUUCGAUUUACGUGGUGCUGAAAUCAACCAACGCAAUGUUGUGGUAGAGGCUGUUGAGCCUGAGGCUCGUAUUACCAAUGGCCAUAGUGCUAGCGUGGGUCAAUUCCCCUACCAAGUAGGUCUAUCCUUGAAACUUAGUGCCACCUCCUCCUCCUGGUGUGGUGGUUCUUUGAUCGGCAACAAAUGGGUAUUGACUGCUGCUCACUGCACCGAUGGUGUUCAAUCGGUUACUGUGUACUUGGGCGCCACUGUACGCACCUCCGCUGAAGUUAAACACACUGUUAGCAAGAGCGAUGUCAUCAUUCACUCUGGCUGGAAUAGCAGAACUUUGAAGAACGAUAUUUCCUUGAUCAAGAUCCCAUCCACUGCUUAUACUGCCAAGAUUAAGGCUGUUAAAUUGCCCUCCAUUGCCAGCUCUUACUCCACCUAUGCUGGGGAUAAGGUUGUUGCCUCCGGUUGGGGCCGUACCUCUGAUGCUAGCGGUGUUGCCACCAAUUUGCAAUGGGCUGUCAUGCAAGUCAUUUCCAAUACCGCCUGCGCCAAGACCUACGGUACCACCAUUACCUCCUCCAACAUUUGCGUUUCUACUCCCAGCGGUGUUUCCACCUGCCAAGGUGAUUCCGGCGGCCCAUUGGUUUUGGAAUCCAGCAAGGUUCAAGUUGGCUUGACCUCUUUCGGUUCAUCUGCCGGUUGCGCCAAGGGCUACCCAGCUGCCUUUACCCGUGUCACCAGCUACUUGGAUUGGAUCAAGACCCAUACUGGUAUCUAAAUGCUAAAAUUUAUCAAUAAAAUGAUUGUUAACUUCUAAA